CAGGCGGUCUCCUAGCGACCCGAGUGGCUGGGAAUACACACCACGAAGGCCCGGCUGUCGUCGCGGAGCCAGGGACAUCAUGGACGACCACAAGCGGCUGUGUGGGCCCGGGGCGCCAACCCGCGUGCCAGUGGGCAGGGACUGCGGGCCCCGGUACAAAGAGAAUCUACCUUCCAAGUGUUACAGAAAGCACAAGCACAGGCCAACGUGCCCCACCUCCCUGAACAGCCUGCGAUGGAUAUUUGUGAAGAAGGGACUGGAUGACUUCAGGAAAGGCUGCCCACCUUGUGAGGGUCUGAUCACUCGGGGUCCUCAGGAGGCCUUUCUCCCCCAGAUUCAUCCCACAGCUCCUCGACCUGCCCCAAAGAAGAGGCAGCACAGGCGGCCCAAGGAAGCAGCCUCGUUUUCCAAGCUCUCGCCAGCCCAGCAGGCACAGAAGGCCUUCCUGGCGGAUGUUCAAGCCCAGCUGACCCCGCACCCCUUGGCUCUCUACCCGAAUCUGGGGGAAGACAUGCCUGUUGAGCUCUUAUUAAAGGUGCUGGAAGUGCUGGAUCCCGUCAGGAAACUGGAGGACACCUGGGCUUAUUGUCAGGGCAUCAGGAAAAGAACAAAGGAACCGACAAAACUUUUAAAAAAACAUUCUACUGAAAUCCACCCGGGACUUCCCAAGAAGACUCCUGGGUCGCAUCCAGGUCAAUGGCUUUUUAAAGAAAAGAAGCCAAGUGAAACAGAUUUGCUACACCAAGAUGGUCCUCUUCUUCAUGAAAAUGUACGCAAAGGAGUUAGUGACUUCUGCAACUGGGCUACUUCUUUUGGAAGUUCAAACAUUGAUGAAGAGUUCAUCCUGAAACAGUUUGACAUUGACUACUGGAGCAAACCAAGCCAUGAUGUGCUCCACACAAUGAGACUCCACCAGGUUCCUCUGGAGCUAAAGAAACUGCGGGAGCCACGAUUUUUCCAGAAACUAGACUAUGAGCAGAAACACCGGAAACUGCAGAAUUCUUAUAAACCAAAGUAUGUGAAGAUGAAGUAUGGAGCCUGGUACCUGAACACCAAGUUGUGGAAAAAGCAAAGAGCAGAUGAACCUUUGGUUGACCCUAUGGUCUCAUGUAAAGCUCAAGAUGAGAAUUUUAAAAAGGAGCUGCAGGAACGGGGGGAGUUACUUGCAGACCUUCAUGGAACAAUUGCCUUUAAGGAUUUCAUUCUAAGCAGGGGCUACAGGAUGCCGAGUUUCCUUGAGAAGAUGUACAUCAGGAAGGAAUGUUAAUGUGAGUGUAAUAAGACUUCUAUAAAAUAACUCAAGCAUAGAAGAAUCUUGGGAGGAUGAUUAGACCAAUUUUAUUUACUACAUACUUGGCUAUUUCUCUACCUCAUUUUUAAACCUUAAAUACAAUUUAUGAGUGUUCCGUGGUUGUACAACUUUGACUUGGCAACGUUCAUAAUUUCAUACCUAAUACAAACAUUUCACAAUGGCUCUCUGCUUCUGUUAAUCAGUAUCUUAUGUAUCAUAUCAACUGUGAGAUCAAUAUUCACAUAUAGUCUUCUCAUAUUUUUGUGGCAUUGUCAAUAUAACAUAGUUAUAUCAGCUAUUUGUAAAAAACGUAUAAAACCAUAAUAAAAGCAAAAUU